CGUUAACAAGAAUCGCGCGCCCCAGAAGAUCAUGUGGUCAUCCAAUGAGCGCCCACAUCCUCCCAAGCAGUCAACCGGCUGGGCAAUCUGGUGGGAUUCAUGCUAAAUCCUUCAGACCUGACAAAUUCCUGCAACCAUUCCAAGGAGGAAAUCCUGCGACAAACAGAAUUUCAUCUAUAGCCUGACCGCACCUCCAUGCAUGCCGGGACCCUCGCCCCGCAUUGGAUUGUGUCAUGUGUGUACUACCAGUAUGGCUGAUCCCGAGAUAUGCAAAUUACUUAGUACCCUUACGAAUGAAUGGCGCGACAAUUCAAUUGAGUGUUAUCGGGAGAAUGUGCUGGGAAGAUUCAUAGGUCCAUACUCAGUCAUGCUGCUAUUCGGUCCUCUCAGGAGUUUGAUAUCCACAAGACACCAUCCAGAUGGGUGCAUCCCCAAACUUCCCCACUUCCAGCAGCCCCCAGACUAAACGCCCACCCGGAAUUGAACGCACUUUCGGGAAACUUGAAGAAACUUCAGAUACACCCAAGGUUCAUCAGGGCCGUACGCUGAUUCUCUGCUUUGAUGGGACGGCGGAGGAGUAUGGUGAAAGGAAUACCAAUGUCGUUCGCCUCCUCUCGUGCCUCGAGCAGUCCCACCCAAAACAAUUAGUAUACUAUCAGACCGGCAUUGGAACAAUCCCCACUAGUUACCACCGCACAUCUUUUGGAAAAUGGGCUUGUAAGAUCACUGAUCAAGCUGUAGCGUCGCACAUCGAAGAGCACGUCUGUGCUGGGUAUCGUUUUCUGCAAUCCAACUGGAAAGAAGGAGACACAAUCUGCUUUUUCGGCUUCUCCAGGGGUGCAUAUGUUGCCAGGGCUCUAGCCGGGAUGCUACAUACGGUCGGGCUUCUGUACGCCUCGCACCCUCAACAAGUUGAAUCCGCCUACAAGGUUUAUACGACGGCUAGAGGCACCAAACUUGGCUUCAACUACAAACGAGAUCUCUGUCGUGUGGUUAAGAUUGAUUUUCUUGGAGUUUGGGAUACUGUUUCGUCUGUUGGCCUCCUUUAUUCUAGCACGCUGCCCUGUUCCCAAAGCAACUCUUCUGUAAUAGUGUUUAGGCAUGCGAUGGCUCUGGAUGAGAGACGAGCUAGGUUCAUACCUUCACCUUGGAGACUUUCAAGCGCAGUAAAAGAGCGUGGACAUGAGGGAUGGGAAUGCCAUGGUUCAAAUACCAACGCCACCGACGCCGCGGUCUCUUGGACACUUAGAGUCAGAGAUAUUAUCAACAUUUUCUUCUCUUCGUUCAUUGAAUGGUGGUUAUGCCACAUAAUGGACCGUCUCGGAUACCACAGUGGCAAUGGGCCGAAGAGGGUACUGAUUCCAAAAGAGGGUUCCCCGCCGGACGUGAAGGAGGUUUGGUUUGCAGGUGGACACUGCGAUGUCGGUGGAGGAAACGAAUUGGAUGACAAGCCCGGGAAUGAGUGUAGUGAUAAGGACGAAUCGAAGUACUCGCCCGCACUCGCAAACAUCUCCCUUCGCUGGAUGAUCCGCGAGUUGCAUGAGGCGAACGAGAAAUACUUUCUCAAUGUCCGUUGGCGACCUAUUCGACUGGCGUGCUAUGGCGUCAUAUUACCCGAAAUUCCUUAUACUAACGACGGCUGUAACACCACGGUCCCAAAGGCAGCCGCUACACGCAACAAUUCGGUGCAACAUCCAAGCGUCAGGAAAUUCCAACCUCGUGACACUGAUGUAGAAGAACUAAAAAAAAACCCUGAGCGAGCAAAAUUCCUCCGAUACCAGGAGUUCAAGACUGGCGUCAUAUAUGACCGAGAUUUUAUCAAGAAGGACCUGGCUGCACCAGCGUACGAUGAGUUGUGGAAGUGGGAUGAAUGUACAUUUGGUGGCAUCAUAUCCAUGCUCUUCUGGUGGUUCCUUGAGUUGGCACCUUUGAUGACCUCUGUGCAGAACAAACACACGUUCUUGUGGGAGUCUAAGUUUCGCUUCAAUCUUUUCCAGCCACGCCACAUUCCUCGAGAUCCAACACCAGACGUUUACGAAGGUGCCCUUUCAGAUAGUUGGGUGAAGUUCUUGGAGGAUCGCUCGAAGCCGCGUUACCACUGGUCUGUCAGUGAGCGUAUGAAAAUCAAACCUGACUACUGCCCCAGACCUUGGCGCGCCGACAAAAAUAUCGAGAAAAACUGGACUAAGUAUCAUUAGUGAGCCUUUCUCCGUGUGAUCGACCAUAUAUAUGAGCCUUUCACAUCAUGAACGGUUCUAACCUAUAGCAGCGCUUGUAUGUUAGACUGUGACCCCGGAUUGGACCUUCA